AUGGCACCGAAGAGGGAUGAACCCUUUACAAAUGAAUGUAUUAAAUGUGGACAUGAAUUGAAAAUUGAACUUCAUGCAAAGGCAAAACUAUUAUAUAAAUUAGAGUCGGUUGAAAAAUGUACAAUAUCGACAGCUUCCUGUACAAAUUGUUUAAUUCCUAUUUAUCCAAAUCAUUAUACAUACGGUAAACGUGGUGAAGACUGUUUUGUGACUCCCAUAUACAAUCAUUUAGCUGUUGAUCCAAAUUAUUGUGAACAACAGCAGGCUCACAGUGAAGAACUGAAAAAAAUGUUUAAAAAGCAACAAGGAGUGACAGCGUCACAUGUACCACAGCGAACAUCAACAAUGAAAGAUGUAAAACCACCAACAAAAUCAGCAACAACAGGUGUAAGAACACGAUCGAAAGCAAAAAAAGAGGAAGAAAAUAAAUUUGAAAAAGAUAUAGAUAAACGUGCAUUUGAAGGCAUUCAACCAAAUGAUUUGUGCAAUGUGCAUCGAGAUGGAAUAACAAGUUCAGGGAAAAUCUCAUCAUUUGGAUUUUUGGCUACGUUCUUGAAUUGUAAAGUCAUUGUUGGCUUUGACGAGCUUCUAAUGGCCGAAGGAAGUGAGUAA